AUGCUGAUGUUAAGGUUGGCGAGCUCGGGGGCUGCCGCUGAAAAUGAUGUGUCGGCAGGAGAAAAUCUUUUCGAGCUGGACACUCUGAACGCGCAAUGCCACAAACCUACCUCGCCGACGACGUCGACAUCCUUUACACCCGUCGCAGGCCCGCCUCCUGUGGUAACCUCGGAAAAUUUUUGGCCGCCUCCUCCACCUUCUGCAGUAACCUCGGAAAACUUUUGGCCACCUCCUCCGUCUCCUGCUGUAACCUCGGAAAACUCUUGGCUGCCUCCUCCGCCUCCUGCUGUAACCUCGGAAAACUUUUGGCCAUCUCCUCCGUAUCGUGCUGUAACCCCAGAACAUUUUUGGCUGCCUCCUCCGCCUCCUGUUGUAACCUCGGAACAUUUUUGGCUGCCUCCUCCGCCUCCUGCUGUAACCUCGGAAUACUUUUGGCCAUCUCCUCCGUAUCGUGCUGUAACCUCAGAACAUUUUUGGCUGACUUCUCCGUAUCAUGCUGUAACCUCAGAACAUUUUUGGCUGCCUCCUCCGCCUCCUGCUGUAACCUCGGAAAAUUUUUGGCCGCCUCCUCCACCGCCACCGAUGACGACCGGCACGGCAGCGUUCCACAGUAACCCUGCUGUGCAGAAGCCGUGCGCAUCCGUGCGUGGAGCCUAG